AUGCCAAUCAUAAACGGUCAAAAGAUGGCCUGUGAGGAAGGUUCUCCCGCCGGGACCCCGACGUCACCAACACGUCCCUCAUAUCGCGUCUCUAAGGCAAGCUCCAGCACCAAAGUCAGCAGGAAACAGUCGUUUGAUCUGGCGAAUCUUGAACGGAUGGACCCAAACUCCAUCAAUUUGAUGGCGCCCUCGACGAAUGGUAACGGUGUUCCUAGUGGCAUUUCUGCCCCUGAUUCAGCGAUCCCGGUUUCUCAGUCCGAACUCCCUGGACUCAACCAAGGAAUGGGACUGGUAUCAGCCAGUUCUGGCAACAUAUACUCGCAUCCUUCGACUGCUGCUUAUGGGCCAUCAGUGUCGUAUGGCAUGGGGUUCCAUUACUCGCAGACAAAUCCUCUUCAACACAACAUCACUCAAGAUGGAGGGUUCAUCACCAGUGUCAAUGGCGGGUUCGACCCAGCAAUGUCCCAUCCUCACCCCCCAUCACAGUUUGUGAACGGAAAUCAUACGCCGUCUGGUCUCGAUGGACAAACACACCCACCUGUGGUCAACCAUUCGUUGCCCAAGGUCCAGUCUGGUUCCACCACUCCUGCUCCCGGCGGCUGUUGCGGGGUUUUUACAUAUCCGAGCGACUAUGGCUCAUGGCAGCAUCCUCUUGACCCGUUUUCAUGGCAGCAGAUUGUGGCACAGACCGCAAAUAGCAUGCCAUCACAACCACUGAGCAGCUCCAUUCCUCAGCCUCAGCAAGAAUCUCAUGUCACAACUUCGAAUUCUUUUCAGACAACAACUGGAACAACCGUCCAGGUGGACGGCAUGAUGCAUCAGUGCAGCUGCGGAGACGGCUGCCAAUGUGUGGGGUGUCUGGCACACCCAUUCAACUCGCAGAUGUACCAAUACGUUAAUAACGCAUAUGCUGGUAGCAACGGCAGCAGUCCGAGGACGGGAGGGCCAGAUUAUCCGACCACUACAUCGGCAUCGCAGAGCCAAAUCGCUGUCACAACAACUGGACAGGACUAUCAGCAGCCACAGCAACCACCACAACACCAGCAGCAACAUUCACCGCUGCUUCCCGAGGCAGCGCUUACGCCUGCCUCAUCAGAGGGAGCGGGUGCUUCGCCGCGCGAGGAGCAGUCCCUGUCGACGAUGGACUACUUCUUUGUCAAUAUUCCCAUCUCUGGCCUGAUGUGCGGUGGCAGCGUCGAGUCGUGUCCGUGCGGGGAUAGCUGUGAAUGUGCAGGAUGCUUGGUGCACGGUAAUGUCAACACCGGGCUACGCUGA